GGCGGCCGUAUGCCUGGCCGGGCACCCGCGUGCCGCCCCCUCGCGGCGGGCCCGGGCCCAGGCAUCGAGGGCCGCACCCCCGCGCGGGGAUGCAGAAUGAGGCGGACUCGCCAAUGGCGGAGAUGUUUGCCCUCUUCCCACACGAGUCGGCCGUGGUCAUGCAGAGGGGCAUCGAGCUGGGCAUAGUGUGCAGCUCCUUGCUGGUUGUCCACUGCAUGUACCUCGUCCUGCAGUUCUGGCCCAACGAGAGGCUCUCCGACCGGAUGCUCUGCUGCCUCUGCAUCGCGCGCGUCGUGUGCGCCGUGCCCAGGCCAUAUUUCUGGUUCUGGACCAGAAAGCUGUUCGUGGAGGCUCGGUACGAGCCCACGCCGCAGCUGGUCACGCAGAGGCUGCUGCAGAUAUACGCGAAUCCGUUCGUUGUGGAGCGGGGCCUGCUCCUCCUGUACUAUGGCUGGUUGGGGAUCGUGACCUGCGGCGUGUGCUGGGUCGCAAACGCUCUUCUCCCAGCAGCUCUGGCGGCACUGCAUCCUGAACUUUGUCAGCAUCGUGGUGCACAGGAUCCUGUGCGUCGUGCUGUUUUAUUGCUUGAUGCAGUCGGACUUCAAGCGUGGCAUUCCCACGGAUGUGCUCGAGAAGUACACCAAGCGUUUCGCGUUUACGCCGCGUUCCAGAGGAGAGGAGCACCUGGGCCGUGGUGA